CCAGUGAUUCUCUUCUAGAGAAUAUUUUAAUUCUGUAAAAGAUUAUGGCAGUACGGCCCCGUGUGUAUCAACCUGCUAGUGCAGCACAGUGAGAGAUUUCCUAUCUGUGGCCGUCAACUGAAACAGUGUCCUGCCUACAGCUCUCAGCUCUGCGCCGGCUUGCCCAUUAUUGACCUCAUGAUGAGAGCGAUAGCCGGGCACAGAGGCACGCGCUGACAGAAAGGGCUGCUCCUCUGUGCUGACUUUAUUCCACUCAAUAGUUUGCUGGAGCUCCACUGGCAUGUUUUCACUGCUGCGACUCGAUGAACAUCAAAAGUCGUUUCUCCUCUCUGUCACUCAGGCUAACAACUAAACAAGGAUGGACCAUGGAGACAGAGGGAUGAGGGUGUCUGACCUUCGCUAUGAGGAAGAGGAUGACCAUCAAUCUGUCUACAUCGGCGUCCCCGUGUCGCGUGGGUUACGCCGCAAACGGAGGCGACGGCGGUCGAGUCGAGAGGCUCAGGACAUGGAGCGGGACAGACACUACAGCCACAACAGAUACCAGGACCAUGACCGCUACAGAGACAUAGACAUUGAGGAAGGACUUAUGGACUCAGCUGAGCAGAGUCUACAAGACAUCAACCGCACAAUGUCUCCGGCAGCAGAGCGGCUACGCUACAUCCUGAAUGAAGACGACGACAUGCCCACGCCAACGCUCUUCACAGAGAUGGACACUUUGCAGCGAGAAGGUGACGAGCUGGAGUGGAAGGAGUCGGCCAGGUGGGUGAAGUUUGAGGAAAAGGUGGAGGAGGGAGGCGAGAGAUGGAGUAAACCCCACGUGUCCACGCUGUCCCUGCACAGUCUUUUUGAGCUCAGGACUUGUCUCCAAACAGGGACGGUGAUGCUGGACAUGGACGGCUACUCGUUGCCUCAGAUAGUUGAUGACAUAAUUGAGAGACAGAUAGAAGAGGGCAUGUUAUCACCUGAGCUGAGGGAGAAGAUCAGCUUUGUGCUCUUGAGGAAACACCGGCAUCAGACCAAGAAGCCGAUUCACCGCUCACUGGCCGACAUGGGCAAGUCCGGCUCCUCUGCAAGUCGGAGCGUACCGCCCAAAGGUGGAAUGGGUCCGGGACCAGGUCCAGGUCAGGGUCAAGGGCCGAACUUUAACCGAUCCACAGAAGAUCUACGUGUUAAGCAGCAAGCUGCUAACUACGGACGCCUACGUCAUGCUCAGAGCAGAAGUAUGAACGACAUUGCCGACACUCCCAGCACAGACCAGCUAAAAAACAAAUUCAUGAAGAAAAUCCCUAGAGACGCAGAGGCAUCCAACGUGUUAGUGGGUGAAGUGGACUUCCUGAACAAACCCUUCGUGGCCUUCGUCCGUCUGGUUCAGGCCACGACGCUCGGAGGGCUGACAGAAGUGCCAGUUCCCACCAGAUUCCUGUUUAUUCUGUUGGGUCCCCAAGGAAAGGCCAAGUCUUAUAAUGAGAUCGGCAGGGCUAUAGCGACCCUAAUGGUGGAUGAUCUUUUCAGUGAUGUUGCCUACAAAGCCAGAGAUCGGGAGGACCUGAUAGCCGGCAUAGAUGAGUUUCUGGAUGAAGUGAUUGUGCUUCCACCUGGAGAAUGGGAUCCCAAAAUCCGCAUUGAGCCUCCAAAGAAAGUCACCACAGCUGACAAAAGAAAGUCUGUGUUUUCCUUGAACGAGCUGGGACAGAUGAACGGCACGGCUGGAAAAGGGGGGGGUCUCUCUGAGGAUGAGGAGAUGCCGGCGCCGCAUGAACUGGGAGAGGAGCUGGCCUUCACUGGUCGUUUCUGUGGUGGCCUGUACCUGGACAUAAAGCGGAAACUUCCGUUCCUGCCCAGCGAUUUCUACGAGGGAUUCCACAUCCAGUCCAUCUCCGCUGUGCUCUUCAUCUACCUGGGCUGCAUCACUAAUGCCAUCACCUUUGGCGGUCUCCUUGGAGACGCCACGGACAACUACCAGGGUGUGAUGGAGAGUUUCCUGGGCACUGCCUUGGCUGGUUCUGUCUUCUGCCUCUUCGGCGGUCAGCCCCUCAUCAUCCUCAGUUCCACAGGACCCAUUCUCAUCUUUGAAAAACUCCUGUUUGAAUUCAGCAAGAACAACGGCAUAGACUACAUGGAGCUGCGGCUGUGGAUCGGCAUCCACUCGUGCCUGCAGUGUUUCAUCCUGGUGGCGUCAGACGCCAGUUACAUCAUCAAGUACAUGACCCGCUUCACCGAGGAGGGCUUCUCCAGCCUCAUCUCCUUCAUUUUCAUCUCGGACGCCAUCAAGAAGAUGGUGGGCUCUUUCAAGUACUACCCCAUCAACACCGACUUCAAGCCAGACUACGUCACCACUUACAAGUGCGAGUGCCUGGCCCCAGACCCGAUUCCAAUGCCAGAUAACAGCUCUAGUGUCUCUGGGUUGAAUGUGACAGCUCUGGACUGGAGUCAGCUGAGCAAGAAGGAGUGUCUGAAGUACGGAGGCUCUUUGGUCGGAAAGUCGUGCAAGUACGUUCCUGAUCUGGCCCUCAUGUCCUUCAUCCUCUUCUUUGGCACCUACUCCAUGACGGUCUCUCUGAAGAAGUUCAAGUUCAGCCGCUACUUCCCCACCAAGCUGAGGAAACUCAUCAGUGACUUCUCCAUCUUCAUGUCCAUCAUGACGUUUGUCGGGCUCGACAUGCUGGUGGGACUCAAAACUCCUAAGCUAAUAGUCCCAACUGAAUUUAAGCCAACACGGCCGGGCCGUGGCUGGCUGGUGAUGCCUUUUGGAAAGAACCCCUGGUGGAUCUACCUGGCCAGCUUCGUUCCAGCCCUCCUCGUGACGAUCCUCAUCUUCAUGGACCAGCAGAUCAGCGCCGUCAUCGUCAACCGCAAGGAAAACAAGCUUAAGAAAGGUUGUGGCUACCACCUGGACCUGUUCUGGGUGGGGGUUCUUAUGGCUGCUUGCUCGUUCUUGGGGCUGCCCUGGUACGUGGCUGCCACGGUCAUCUCCAUCGCCCACAUCGAUUCCCUGAAGAUGGAGAGUGAAUCCAGCGCUCCAGGAGAGCAGCCGCAGUUCCUGGGAGUCAGAGAGCAGAGAGUCACGGGCAUCUUGGUGUUUGUUCUCACUGGAGUGUCCAUCUUUCUCGCCCCAAUUCUGAAGUUCAUUCCCAUGCCUGUGCUGUACGGCGUCUUCCUCUACAUGGGUGUAGCUUCCCUCAGUGGGAUCCAGUUCUGGGACCGGAUCAAGUUGUACCUGAUGCCGUCCAAACACCAGCCGGACUUCAGCUAUCUCCGUCACGUUCCUCUGAGGAGGGUUCAUCUCUUCACACUUAUCCAGAUCAUAUGCCUGACCGUGCUUUGGGUCCUCAAAUCUACAUUCCUAGCCAUCAUCUUUCCUGUCAUGAUCCUGGGAUUGAUGGUGGUCCGGAAGGUGCUGGACAUGAUGUUCUCCCAGCAUGACUUAGCCUGGCUGGACGACCUGUUGCCUGAGAAAGAGAAGAAGAAGAAGGAAGACGACAAGAAGAAGAGGAAGGAGAAGGACAAGAAGAAGCCGAAAACAGACGACAGGGAGGAGGAGGAGAAGUACCACGGCUACUCCAACCACUCGCCCAGCUCCGAGUCGGACCUGGAUCGCAGGUACUGUGUUCUAAAGCUGCACAUCCCCUACAGAGACCUGGUCUACCCCGACGUAGCGCAGUCUCAGUGGGGAGCGUACUGCCAGCGCGCCGCAACACGUAGUGUAUUUUAACACAUACCCGCAUGUCAUCCCAAACAGGAAAUCUGCACAAUGUAAAGGGUCAGUUCACAAAAAUGACAAUUAAACAAUGCUCUCCCUUAGACUUUAUUUCUCUGUGGUUCACAACAGAAAGUUUUUACUCUUUAUUUGAGCUCAUUCCAUCCUGUUCCUGCUUCCACAGCAUUUCAGAAUAAAUAUUCUGGCUUGCUGUGGAAAAAGUCUCUGUAUUUAAAUACUCUGAAUUUAAAUUUCCUGUUUAUCUUGUUGCAUUUGUUUUCCCCACUGGCUCCAUUCAGACCUUAUAGCUUCACACAAUUGAUUAAAAAAAGCAUAAGAUAUACAUAAACUAUGGUGAAGAAAAAACAAUACAUUUUGUUUGAAGCAGUAUUGUGAAAACAUAUUAGCCCCUUCACAGACUUACAGGCUUUUUUUUAGAUUUGCUUUUUGUCACAUUUAAAUAUUUCAGAUCAUUAAACAUGUUAAUAUCAAGCAGAAAUAACCUGAAUAAUUACAAAAUACUGUUGUAAAAUUAUGAUUAAAGCUAUUUAACCAACUGGGUUAAUGUAAAAAAAAAAAAAAAAGUAAAAGGGGGAAACAACACUGGUCAAAACAAAUUAAUGAUUGUGAAGAAUUUUUGGAAAAUCACAAAAUAAAAAGUGUACUUAUUUGGAACGUGUGGUUAAACCAACAUGUUAUUUUAAUAAAAUAACGUCAUAUUUCACAUUUUGUCACAUUCUAGGCACAAACCUUUGGGUAUUUUCUUUGAGAUUUUAUGUGAUAGAUCAACAGAAAGUAGCCUAUAGGUCAUAGUUUUUCACAAACAAAAUUUAGAGGAAUAUGCCAUGCAAAAGCAAUAAUUUUCAAUAAAUUAAAAUACACUUUUUGAUAAGCCUUGCUUGUCAGAAGGUUGUUUUCCAAAAGGUGCUAUCAAUCUAAGCAGGAAUGAAACAUACCUUUCAUUAAUCCCACAUUUUCUGUAACAAUGUUUUUAAUGCUCUAAUGUAAUAUCCUGAUCAUGAAAGUCAUGUUCUCUUUAGCUGUACAAUAUAAAACAGAUAGUCUUUGAAAAAAAUCAGGCUUUUCUGCCUUCUCCCAGUGCUAACUAGAAACAGCCAAUCAGAGCCAGGAGGCGGGUCUUAGCGCUGUCAAUCACCCUUCUUCCUGAUAGCAGAGUCUGUCAUGAAAGGUAAUGCUAGUUAGCAUGGCCACCGAUGAUGACAGAUUAUCGGUUUUCCUGUAAUGGUGAGUUGU